GCAAGCGGCCGGAUCGGGUGCGGGCGACCGAGAGGGAAGGGCUCGCGUGCAGCCCGCUUGCGUGCGGAAGGGAGCGACGUGGGGCCCGUUUUGCAGCGAGGGUGUCGCGCCUGCCUGAUCCGGCCGCGUUCAAAAGCAGGGGGACGAGCUGCGUGCUGGCAUGAACAUGGCUUCAGGUGGAAUAGGAGUCCGUUUGGCUGCCUGUUUGCUAAAUAUUUCAGAAGGAAGAAGAAGGAGUAUUGUUGAGAAAGUAGCAAAAGCUGCUGUUUGUGCAAAUAAUGGCCAGGAGACUCCUCGAGCAACAGUUCUUAAUAUAUUUUCUGACUAUGACUAUAACAGGUCCGUCAUAACAAUAGCAGCUCCAGUUGACCAGCUCAGCAACAGUGUUGUUGCAGCCUGUGUGGAAGCUUUUGCAUCAAUAGAUAUGGCGGCACAUGUCGGAAUCCAUCCAUGCCUGGGUGCAGUAGACUUGGUGCCCAUUUACCCUCUGUCUGGUGUUGAUGUGGAAGAGUGUGGAACGGUGGCUCGAGAUAUUGCAAAGAGCUUAGCUGUGCGUGUCCCUGGAUGCAGCAUGUUUCUCUUUGGGCACGCUGACCUCCCCCAGAAGCGAAGUCUCGUUCAAAGGAGAAAACAGCUCAGAUGGUUUGACGGUAAAGCAGCCAAUGUUAUCCCUGAUGUGGGAUCAGCACCUACCUUACGAUAUGGCUUGACAGGAGUUGGGGCCAGCCCGUAUGUGAUGAAUUGCAAUGUGACAAUUGACACGCAGGAUCUGGAUGCAGGGAAGGCGAUAGCAGGUUCGAUCCGGGGAAGCACUCCUGGAGGCCUGAAGGGUGUGCAAGUAAUGGCUUUCCCACACAAGGGGCAUGUUGAAAUUGCGUGUAAUGUGGAAAGCUUUGGCAGGUGCGACAAGCCACUGAGGACUGAUGAAGAGUCGGACUAUGUCUCAUACAGUGUCCUUGGGAAAACAUACUAUUAUGUAUCACCUCAGUUGAUAGAGACCUCAGUUAAGACAUUGGCCAGCAACCAGGGAAUAAACAUGGUAGGGACUGCGUUGGUUGGGUUUACGCCAGAGGAGUGCCUGCGCUGUGCUGCCCAGGCAUUAGCCAGUGGUGUGGGGGAAUUCUGGAAGAUGAGGGGCGGUGUCUUCAUGUGACAGCCUCCAUGUUCAUUUUCAGGAUUGGUGCCUUCCUAAUUCAUAGGUAAUUCUGAGCCUCUUCUGGGUGAAGUGACAAAUGUGUGUGUUUAGGAUUAUAAAAUCUUUAUGAAGAGUACAUGAUCAAAGGUAAUGCAGGCUGUAGAACAGAGGUGCAGAACUGCAGACCCGAGGGUCAAAUCCAGUCCCCCCAGGGUCCCAGUCUGGCUUUCUUGGGCCCCCCAAAGGGCCAUACCCCUUUCUCUGGCUCUGCUCCGUUUACCUUAACCACCAAUCACUUGGUGGCUUUCCAGUGUUUACACAGCUCCUUUCACCCUACUGCAUCCUGAAAGGCUUAUAUACAUUCAUGCAGAGCUUUCAGCUAAAAUAUGCUAGCAUUUUUGGCCACAGCUUUUUGGCCCUUGGCCCUGUUCUCCUUUUCUCCAUUCACAACCAUAAUGUGGCCCUCAAGAACUUCUUUGAAACGGAAUUUGGUCUUGUGGCUGAAAGAGCAUCUUUACCCCGUGGUUGAUUCUAGGCUUUCUGCCCUGAGAAACUGCCUGUAUUUAACACUUAAAUGGGAGUCAAACCAGCACAUAGAACAAUUAAGAUUAGAAAAAACUAAGAAAAUGAAGAAACAAAAAAGAAAGUGGAAGAAAAUUGAGACUUGGAUGCAUCUUCAGAAGCAGAAGAUCAAAGUGGCUUAUCAGACUUGUCAGAUGAAUGUGGAAAUGAUAUGGAGCUGAAUGAGACAAAAGGGGUAAAAGGAAUGGAAAAUAAAUUGGCCUGUGAACUUCAUAGAAAUAUUAAAAACCCUUUAGAACAUUCCAGGAAAACCUUGCAAGCAGAUCUGAAAAGAACUCUUUAUUGUUGUUAGUUGCAAAGUCGUGUCCAACCCAUCGCGACCCCAUGGACAACAUUCC